AUGCGGAAAGUAGUGGUGGUUGAUGGCACCUUCUUAACAGGUAAAUACAAAGGUACACUACUCAUUGCCUCAAUGCAAGACAGCAAUUUUAAUAUUUUCCCAAUUGCUUUCGGUAUCAUUGAUACUGAGAAUGAUGAGUUCUGGGAAUGGUUCUUUGCACAACUACAUCGAGUUAUACCUGAUGAUGAAGGACUUGCCAUGAUUUUAGAUAGACAUAGAUCUAUUGGGAAAGCUAUAAAAAAGAUUUACCCUCUUGCUUCGCGUGGUAUUUGCACGUAUCAUUUGCACAAGAAUAUAUUGGUCAAAUAUAAAGGUGGGGAAGCUUUUCGCCUUGUCAAGAAAGCAGCAACCACAUAUAGGCUUUCAGAUUUCAAUGUCUUAAUGGCACAGAUUCAGGAGUGUAACCGAGGACUAUAUAACUACUUACAAAAAGCGGAUGUCCGGAUGUGGAGCCGUGUUCAUUUUCCGAGAGAGAGGUACAACUUCACUACUAGCAACAUAGCGGAGUCUUUAAAUAAGGUCCUUUCAAAGGUUAGAAGUUACCAAAUUGUGACACUAUUGGAGGAGAUUAGAUCGCUUAUGACUAGGUGGUUUGCCAAAAUGCGCCGAGCUGCAUAUGUGAUGGAGACGGAGCUUACUUAUGGUGUCGAGAAAUUUCUAUGGGAAAGGGUCGAAGGAGCAAAGCAACUAGCAGUGCAAGAAAUCGACGACCAUCUUGCGCAGAUCACCGGUGUCUCAUCCUUACAUGUUGUCAAUUUGGAAAGGAAAACAUGUACUUGCCGACGGUUUGACAUCGAUAAAAUACCGUGCGUCCAUGCCCUUGCUGCAGCGGAAGCUAAAAAAAUUUCCCGUAUCAGUCUAGCCCAUCCUUACUACCGUAGGUUAUACCUUACGUCGGCGUACGCGGGGACGGUAAUGCCAAGAGAUGUUGCUUUACCUGUUCCCGAAGAAGUGGCUAACAAAGUCUGUAAGCCUCCUUUUGUUUGUAAACCACCUGGUAGGCCAAAAAAAUCACGAAUGAAAAGUGCCUUAGAAAUAGCAAUGCAGAAGAAACGUCCAAGGAAAGAGCACAAGUGUUCCAAAUGUGGCCAAGGCGGACAUAAUCGUGCGACAUGCCCAUCUUGA